UCUAUGACACAUAGUUGAAAUCAGACACUUCCAGAGACACAUUCGCUUAAUUGACUGGUUUUGUUUUGGAAUUUAUUGUCGUUAUUUGAUAUCGACCCGAAUCAGUCUGAUUAGAGUUUUUGGUCAGCUGGUUUCGGUCAGUUUGAUCAAGGCCAGUGUAUGUGUAAACAUACGAAUAAAGGAACAAAAAAAAUACGCGCGACGGCGUUAUGAAUGGUUUUUUCCUACCGGACCUUGAUUCAUCUGUGUAAACAACAACACAACUUGUUUGUUAUUAUUGUCAAUUCAAUUCGCAUUGUGAACAUUCUAGACGGCCGGCGUUUAAAAACGUGAAAUUUUUUUUCAUUCAAUUUUGUUUUUAAUGAACAAUGUUGAGCAUUGGCUAACAUCGAAUAGUAUUUGUUCAGCCAUUGUGCCCAAGCCCAUCGGCCACACAUUUCACACGAUAUUUGAUAUGCUUCGUUUGUAUAGUGAAUUUUCUCGAAUAGCCAUUGCUUUCUUGAUACGGCACACGAACGAUAUAUGUGUUACACAACGUGUGAAGCGAGUCGACGAUUUGUCUGGUUCGGUCAGAAGUGAUUGGUAUACGCAGUGGUUCGCACAACAAAUCAGAAGAGAAAUGGCGUUAAAGUGGGGAAUUGUGUCGGUCGGUUUAAUUUCACAAGAUUUUGCCAAUGCCGUGAAUACACUCAACGCAGUUGAUCACAAAUUAGUUGCGGUUGCUGCUCGUGAUUUGGCUCGUGCUGAAAAAUUUGCGGAAAAAUUCGGUGUUUCAAAAGCGUAUAGCUCAUAUUUGGAAUUGGCACAGGAUCCAAAUGUUGAAAUCGCAUACGUUGGCACAUUGAAUCCAUGGCAUUACGAAGUGUCCGUAUUAAUGCUGGAACAUGGCAAGCAUGUUUUGUGCGAAAAACCAUUGUGCAUGAACUUUAAGCAAUCGGAAAAAUUGAUUGCACUUGCCAAGGCGAAGGGCGUUUUCUUUAUGGAAGGACUUUGGUGUCGAUUCUUCCCAGCCUAUCAACACGUUCGCAAAGAAAUCCGCAGUGGUGUGCUUGGUGACAUUUUGUCCGUUGAAGCUGAAUUCGGAAUCAAGGACUUGAAGGAAGUCGCUCGGCUUUCAAAAAAAGCGAUGGGCGGUGGAACCAUUUUGGAUAUGGGAGUUUACACAAUUCAAGCCUGUCAAUGGGUGUUGGAAAAGGAGCCAAUCUCAAUCAAAGCCAAAGGUAUCCUAAAUGAAGAAGGUGUUGAUCUCGAAAUGUCAGCCGAUCUUGAUUACGGUGACGGUAAAAAGGUGCAGAUCAAAACGAGUGCACUGAAUCAGCUCAGCAACGCGGUAAAAAUCGUUGGAACUAAAGGCAAAAUUACGAUAAACGAAAUCUUUUGCUCAACCAGAAUUAUCGAUAUUGAUGGAAAAGAAAAGCAUUGGCCAUUACCACCAGCUAAAUAUGAUUUCUACUACCCGAACAGCUGUGGCUUGAGAUACGAAGCCGACGAGAUCCGCAAAGCCAUUCGUGCCGGUAAAAAGGAACACGAAAAUGCACCACACACCGAUAGUUUGGGAAUUGCUCGCGUUCAAGAUGAACUCCGACGACAACUCGGUGUCCACUACGAAGGACACGAUGAUUAAUUUAUUUCGCCUUUUUUUAUUUUCACUAUUCGAUUAAAUUUUUCCAUUCACACCACUCGAUUCAAGGGCUGCCAGUUCAUGAUGUAGUUUCUAGUUACACGUUUUGUUGACUAUAGUUAAUGUUCCCAUAUCAAAUCUGCGAAAAAUGAUGAUUUUCAUCCUGGAGAGGAGCAAAAAAGAUGACAAAUUUUUCAAAAAGAUGAUUGUCAUCUUUUUCAUUUGUUUCCUAGGAAACGUUAAUAUUUUCUCAGUUUUAGAAUGGGAAUAGUAAUUGCAUGAUGCAUGUGCAUUAGUUUUCAGCGAAUUAUUACAAUACAAAUUGCACAAUACAAUCAAUUCUGAUUUUGAAAUGAACAGGCACGAUAAUUGUGGUGCUGUUCAAAACUGAGAACAUUUGUUCUGAACAACAGGUGUUAUUCGAGCACAUUCAACCGUCAAUAGUGUAAUUUCAACUAUAUGUAUUUCGUUGAUAUAGUAGAAAGAACAGCUAUUGUUUCUAAUAUUUUUCGACAUUCUGAUGGAUGAAAUUUCUCUAAAAUUCAUGAAAAAGGACAAAAUAAAGUAGCAAGAAAAUAUGGCAAUAAAAGCAACUUCAAAUUGUAUGAAUGUUUAUGAUGGAAACUAUAAUUUUCACAUAAUUAUAUUAAAACCUUAUCUAAAAGCCAUGAAUUGGACUUACUCAAUUCAAGUAAUUUUCAGAAAAAUGUAGUUAUUUUUCCAUCGCAUCUUCAAAAAGAUGACAAUUCGAUGAAUUUCUUUGAAAAAAUAUGACUUUUGUGCAAAGAUGAUAUGAUAUGACAAGCCUUGAAAAAAGAUUACGUCUGGGAUCAUUAACUAUAGUCAAAUGUUCUGUAUCAACACUUGGCCAAAAACGAAUUUAAACGACGUACAUUUUCGUUUAUUGACCAUAAACUGUUUUAUCGCUUAAAAAAGUGAAUAUUGUCGAAAUUUAUAAUAAAUACGAACGAAUCAUUUUUAGAAAAUAAAUUGCAUGUCACAUCAAACAGAUAAAA